UCCCCCAUCCACCAGCAACCUCCCAGGCUCCCACCCAUGACAGCUAGGCCCCGCACACUGCCGGAGCACCAGCAGCCGCCUCCAAAGCAAACCUCCCGCCCUGCCCCAACACCGGCGGGGCGCCUUGUGAGCUAGAGCCUCUGCCCACCGUGCACUGCCCGCGUCGGCCAUGCCCGCUGCUUCCCCUGACCUGCCCAAGCACUACACCGGCUGCUAGUCCUGUGGCCCUCGACUUGCUGCUACGCCCAUCUUCCCUGAGUGCGCAGCUGCUCCUUGUCCAUCACCAUGUGUCGUGUGCUGGGGCGGCUUGCGGUGACCCCAUGGGGCUCCCACACCUAGCCCAGCGCCCUUUACCUGCAUCGUGUGCCGCACGCUACCAUGUCCAUCCCCCAUGCGUUGUUCUCUUGACCCGUCCCCUCGCGCACUCAGCUGAAUAUCGGUAGUAAUACCCCGUGCAAUACCGGCAACCCUCGAAAUAGCGAUAACCCUCGCAUUACCGGUAACCCCCACAGGCCUCCGAACGGUCGUAUCAGAUCUGCAAUCCCUCGAAGGAGCAGAUCUCAAUGAGGGCUACCCAGAUGCCUUUGUACGGAAAGAAGAUCCAGAUGAUGCCGUACCGGUGGACGUGAUUGUGUACGGCGCCGUGAUCGGCCGCAUUCCCCUGGAGCGAGCCACGGUGGUGACGUUCCGAAACAACCUGAACAAGCUGCUGCUGACGCCGCUGCAGCCGAACGACCCGUGGGUCAUUGAUGCGGUUUUCCAUGGUAACACGUUGUUCUUGGAGAUCGUGAAGACGCCCCAACAGGGGGCGGGCGGGCCGGACAUGGAUCGCUUCACGUACUAUGGCUACAAGUUCGAGUCCGUGGCCACGGGUGCCCCCUCGGGUGAGCCGGUGGACAGCACGCGCGAGUUCGCGGUCAUGGUGCAGGUGCGGCUGGGCGGCCACCAGGUGCUGAUGGCUGCGGAGACGGACGCCUGGGAGACCCCGCUGGAGGAGGCGGAGGAGCAGCAGCAGCAGCAGGAGGAGGAGGUGGAGUACAUCGGGUACACGGAGAUCAAGACGUUCGUCCUGCCCCAGGGCGACCGCGCCCUGGAGCGCCUCUACCGCGACAAGUACCCGCGCUGGUGGCUGCAGAGCUUCCUGGCGGGGGUACCCACACUGCUGCUGGGGGGCCGGGACCGGGGGGGGACGGUACGGCAGGUAGGGUGGGUGGUGGUCAGGUGGCGGGCCGGUGGGAGACAGAGCCCUUCUGGGCUUACCUUGUCUUUCAUCCUUCCUUUGCUUACCUUGCGUACCUUGUCCUCCAAUAAUACCAACAACCGCCAAGUCUCCUUUCGACGUGCCCUCCUCACUGACCGCAUUCCUUCCCUUCCUCAUCAGGCCCUCUCGUCUAUCUGAUUCGUCACCUCCUCUUCCUCCCACGCCCUCCCUCGCCUCC